UCAGAUUGCUCCCCUGCUACGUUAGCUCAGCUCUGGCAAAACAACAGCUCGCAUUAAUUUGUUUCCUGUUAGCAUUAGCAUUCGCUGCGUAAUCACCGAUUAACUGAUCGUGUAAAAUGUUAGAUUAACGACAGCGAUCAUUUGUGGUUACUAGUUUUCCCGUUUUGGCGUUAGGGGACGCCAGAGGCAGUGCUAAUCGGAGCUGCCGAUCCGCUCUUAGCUGCCAGGCUGCCAGCUAACUGUAGCUAACGUUGGCCAUCCAGCUUCAGAAAGAUGGGGUCCAUCCUGAGUCGCAGAAUUGCUGGUGUUGAAGAUAUCGAUAUCCAGGCUAACUCGGCCUAUCGGUUUCCACCGAAAUCUGGCAAUUAUUUUGCCAGCCACUUCUUUAUGGGAGGAGAAAAAUUUGACACACCCCACCCAGAGGGAUAUCUUUUUGGAGAAAAUAUGGACCUGAAUUUCCUUGGAAAUAGGCCAGUGCAGUUUCCAUAUGUAACUCCUGCACCUCAUGAGCCUGUUAAAACCCUUAGGAGUCUUGUCAACAUUAGAAAGGACUCUUUGCGUUUGGUCAGGUAUAAAGAUGACUCUGACACACCUGUGGAGGAAGGAGGAAAACCCAAAGUUCAGUACGGUGUAGAGUUCACCUUUGACGCUGAUGCUCGGGUGGCCAUCACUCUGUACUGUCAGGCAUUUGAGGAAUUCUCCAACGGGAUGGCAGUGUAUAGCCCCAAGGAUCCAACUAUGGUCUCAGAAACUGUGCAUUACAAGAGAGGGGUGAGCCAGCAGUUCUCCAUGCCCUGUUUCAAAAUUGAUUUCAGCGAGUGGAAAGAGGAGGAUCUUAACUUUGACCUCGAUCGAGGAGUGUUUCCCAUGGUAAUCCAAGCUGUGGUAGACGAAGGGGAUGAUUGUCUGGGACAUGCUCAUGUACUAUUGGCAGCAUUUGAAAGACAUGUUGAUGGCAGCUUCUCUGUCAAGCCACUGAAGCAGAAACAAAUUGUGGACCGUGUUAGCUACCUCUUACAAGAGAUCUAUGGGAUUGAGAACAAAAACAACCAAGAAACCAAGCCGUCUGAUGAUGAGAACAGCGAUAACAGCAACGAAUGUGUCGUCUGUCUGUCUGACCUUCGAGACACACUCAUCCUGCCCUGCAGACAUCUGUGUCUUUGUAACUCUUGUGCAGACACUCUGCGUUACCAGGCCAACAACUGUCCGAUCUGCAGGCUACCCUUCAGAGCUUUGCUGCAGAUCAGAGCUGUGAGGAAAAAGCCUGGAGCUCUGUCCCCUGUGUCCUUCAGCCCUGUUCUGGCUCAGACUAUGGACCACGAUGAGCACUCGAGCUCCGACUCGGUUCCUCCUGGCUUUGAACCCAUUUCGCUGUUGGAGGCUCUGAACGGGCUGCGGUCAGUGUCUCCUGCCAUCCCAUCUGCCCCUCUGUAUGAUGAAAUCAACUUCUCGGGAGGUCUGGGAGGGGACAGCAGGCAGCUGAGCUCCCCAGAGCAUUUAAGUGACGGAAGUCUGCAGAAAGGCAAAGUCAGCAAGUCACCGGAUAGCACCCUCCGGUCUCCGUCCUCUCCGAUCCAGGAGGAGGAUGAGGAGAAGCUGUCAGAGAUGUCGGACGCUCAGCCACAUACGCUGCUGUCCAGCAGCCCUGCUCCCACAGACGCCACUGCGACCGAGGAUGUGGCAGAGUCUCUGUCUCCAGAUGACGAGGAUCGGAUGCAUGCUGGAGGAGACAUCCUUCAGGACUGCAGCAGUGAACACAGCAGCUUGACCAAAACAGAGAGUGACCCACCAGGUGACCUGUCACUGCCAGGGUCAUCGGAGUCAACGGAAAGCCUGAAAAGUCAGAGCACAAACUGCUCCAGCCAACCUCUCCUGUGUCCCACGAGCAGCCUUCACAUGGAAGACGAACACCUCAACCCCUGACUCUGAUCCAGACUUUCCCUCCCAUCCAUCUGAACACAGUUAACGCUUUACAAAGAUCAUCUCUCUUAUCUUGUCUCCUCCAGCCCAGGAUUCUGCUUCUGCGAUCAGAGCAGAAGACAGCCCUGAAAGGACACAGAUGGACUGGGUUUAUUUCACCAAUGUCUCUGACGUUAGUAACGAAAUUUGACUCCUGCAUUGAUCUGCUUGACACUUUACUUUAUGACUGAAAAAAAAAACCUACCUAAAAACCUUUCAUUAACUGUCAGAUGGUGUGCAGUUGUGUGUCUUGGCGAGAGUCGUGGUUUAGUAACAUGGAGUCCAGAGACAUUUCACUACCUGUCACGGUGGUGCUUUUAAGCACACUUACUUAAAUUAACUCUAUCCUUUGCGUGACACUAAAUUCAGAAGAAUUUCUAAACGCAUCUUAUGUUGUAUACACCAGUUAAACACAUUAAAUGAUGAAGUGAGAAGUUUUUGUCAGUCAGAUUAAUUUGGAUGAUCAAAAAUUUUAAAACAUUACUUACGUAUUUGUGUCCAUUUGAAGUGAUUUUGCACUCCGACAGCAUUGUUUAUAAUCCAUUCCAUAUAGCAAGACUUUAUGAUGAUUACUUCUCUGCGGUCUUAAGCAUUUUCAUGUCAUUUUUAUUUCAAAUGAUGUGAUAUCUAUGUAUCAUAACUGUACUAAAAUCCUGUGUAGUUACUUGCAAAAUUGUAUAAUUGCAUAUUAUAUAAACAAAAAAAAUCCUCAUUUAAUUAAUGGAACUAAAUCCAGUUAACACGCACAUGUUAUUUAAGACUGAUAAUCAGUAAGAGCUACACAUUCACAUCCUAACAGCUGAACUCAAAGAUAGCUAAAGCCUGCAACAAGCAUAGAUGCUACAGCUACAUGUUUGCCGACUCAGUAUGGCACAGUACAUGUGCUCGUCAUAGAUGUGGCAGAUCUCUGUAUAGUCUCUUUGUGGCAAUGCAAGUGUCUGCUUAUGUGAUGUAGCUGCAAAAUAUAUAUAUAUAUAUAUAUGUAUGUGUAGCGUCAUGCAUUUAGAUCUAUGUGCCUUCAACUGAUACGGCCGCCUGCUUGUUGCAUUGGACGUUAGUGUUCUUCUAAAUGCUACAAUAUACACUAUUCAGCCCGUAGACAGGAUUUUUGAUGCUUAUGUACAGAGCCUUUUUUUCUAUCGCAAACCUCAUGCUAUUGGAAUAAUGUAUCAUGUUAUUGUUAAUGAGCAAUAUUAAAUUUUACUGUCCAUUUAUCAUGUUAUGGCCAUGUAUCGAUUAUGCAUUUAUUCUUAGUAUUUAGUUCAAGUGGAUUCUCUUUAAUGUACGUUUGAUUGAAAGGAGCACAUCCGAUGCAAUAGAUGCAAACACUGCAUUUUAUUUGUCGGGCUAGCAUUUGCAUGUGAAUUUGUAGAGGCUUAAACCUCUCAUUGCUUUAAAGUACAAAAAAAAAAAAACAAAGUGGUUAUUUUGUCUUUUCCCCCCUCCUCUUCUGUGCCAUUUCAACUUGACACUGUGCCUUCCUGUUCCUGUUCUGACCACUAUUGACCUGGUAUCCAGGAUAACUCCACAGUAGGUGGUUUGUGGCGCUCUGUAAAAUCAAUGCCUGUCUCUCCUCGUGUGUAUAGCAGCAUGUGUAUAACAAUAAAGAACAAAGAUUCAGUAGUACAA